AUGGCGCCCUUUUCAAAACCAGAGACCGUGCUCAAGCAAGCUGAGGGCCUCGUCUCCGUAGGGCAGACACAUGCCGCCCUUCAGUCGUUGACAGAGAUGUUCUCCUCAAAGCGAUUCAGAUCGACCCCCCUCACAUCCCUCGAACCCAUCAUGCAUCGGUUCAUCGAACUCUGCGUCGACAUGCGCAAGGGGCGCACCGCCAAGGAAGGCCUCAUGCAAUACAAAAACAUCGCUCAGAAUACGAGCGUUCAAAGCAUCGAAUCAGUCGUCACCAAAUUCAUCCAACUCGCAGACGCGAAGGUCCGGGAGGCACAGGAGAAGGCUGCUGUGAAAUCCGCUGUCGACGUUGAUGAUUUGGAGGCCAGCGAGACACCGGAGAGCAUCCUCCUCGGCGCCGUCAGUGGCGAUCAAAGCAAAGACCGCACAGAUCGUGCUCUAGUCACGCCAUGGCUCAAGUUUCUAUGGGAAAGCUAUAGAACGUCUCUGGAGACCCUCAAAAACAAUGCCCGCCUUGAGACAAUUUACCAGCAAAUUGCCCAACAAGCGUUCAAGUUCUGCCUAAAACACCAACGCAAAGUCGAAUUCCGUCGUCUCUGCGAGACCCUCCGUCUUCACCUCUCCAAUGUCGCCAAAUAUUCACACCAGCAGCACUCAAUUAACCUUUCGGACCCGGAUACGCUCCAACAUCAUCUAGACACGCGCUUCGCCCAACUCAACACCUCAGUAGAACUUGAGCUGUGGCAAGAAGCAUUCAGAUCCGUCGAGGAUGUCCACAACCUGCUCACGAUGGCUAAGAAGGCACCGCGGCCGGCAAUGAUGGCUAACUACUACGAAAAGCUGACCAAGAUCUUUUUGAUGAGCGGAAACGCCUUAUAUCAUGCCGCUGCGUGGAGCAGGUAUUACUCUCUGGUCAUCAGCAUGGGCGGAAAAUCGGAGGAGGAUCUCAGCAGGCUGGCAGGGCAGGUGCUCGUCAGCGCCCUGGCGGUUCCCGUCGGACUGCAUACCGAAGAACCGGACGAACUCAAGGGCAAGAACGCGAGGCUCACGGCCCUGCUUGGCCUCAGCCGAAUGCCUACGCGUUCUGGGUUACUGAAGGAUGCGCUAUCACGUGAUGUCCUGAAGCCUUCACCGCCUUCAAUCAAGUCGCUUUACAGCAUCCUUGAAGUGACUUUUGAUCCUUUGACCCUAUGCGCAUCUGUCGCGCCUCUCCUCCAAACGCUAUCCUCCGAUGAGGCUUAUUCUCCGUAUCUGCCGCUCCUCCAACGUGCCCUACUUUCACGCCUCUUAUCCCAACUAUCUCAAGUGUAUUCCACCGUCAAAAUCAGCAACAUCCUUGCUCUUGUUACUCCUCUGAAAGAGGCCGGCUUAGAAGGUUCCUUUGAUGAUGAGCAGACGGAGGCGUACAUCAUGGGCUGUGCUCGUCGUGGCGAGUUCAAUGUCCGGGUAGAUCACAGGGAUGGUAGCAUCACGUUCGCCGACGAACCUUUCGUAUCAACCGACGACCAAGGAUCGACCUCUACUGCAUCAUCAUCCUCGAUUCCUCAAGAGCUCUCGAUACAGCCCUCUACUGCCGACCUCGUCCGUACACGCCUCAGCAAAGUCGCGGUAUCUCUGCAUGCAUCAUUGCAAGUGAUUGAGGGACGACUAGCUGAACCAACGCCCGAAGAGCAGUCAGCCAAGGUCAAAGCUCUGGUGGCCGCUGUCGAAUCUGAGCGCAAAGCACUCCAGAUUCGUAGGGCAUUGGUUGCCCGACGUCGCGAGCUGCUCAGUGAGCUCAGCGUUCGGAAGGAGAAGGAGGAGAGCAGCCGUCGGGCCGAACUCAAUCGGAGGGAGAAGGAAGAGGAAACGAAGAGGGCGAAGGAGGAACUGCGCAGGAAGGAGCAGGAGAGGACGAAGAAGGAGAUUGAGAGUAUUCGAGCGGACGAGGCGAAGAAGUAUGCUCAGAGCCUUGUUGACAAAGGUAUCCUCAAACCCAAUGAUGUCGAGAAAUUGGACACCAUCGAUACUGAGGGUCUCAUCGGCAUGCAAGUUGCUCAGCUGGAGAAGGACAAGAAAGAGAUGAACGAGAAGUUGCGUGUAGUCUCCAAGAGGAUCGACCAUAUCGAACGGGCCUAUCGCAAAGAAGAACGACCGCUGCUUGCACAUGACUACGAGCAGCAACAAAAGGUCGACAAAGAGUUGUUCCAGAGUCUCCAAACCGGCCGUCUCGCGGCGUAUCGUCAAGCACACCAGGACAAUCUGGCGACGAAGGCUCGGCUUGCACGGAUGUUGGGCGACUACAACGAGAGAAAGGAGAUGCUCGGUGGCAAGAAGCUGGAGGAGUUCAAGAAGAAGCAGGCGGCGGCUGCGAGGAAGAUCCAGGAGGAGAAGGACAAGCGGAGGAAGGCGGUGCUCAAGGCGAAGGAGGAGGAGCGCCUCAAGAACGAGAAGGAAGAGGCCGCCAGACGUGCGAAGGAGGAAGAGGAGGCCAGACUUGCCGAAGAGCAGCGCCUAGAGGAAGAGCGUAUUGCUGCAGAAGAGGCUGCUGUUGCUGCCGCCGCGGAAGAGGCCAAGCGACAGGCGGAAGCCGAGGCAGCUGCCCGCCGCGAGGAGCGCGAACGGGAGCGUGCAGAAGCUGCAGAGAAGGCCCGCUUGCAAAUGCUGCGCGAGGAGGAGGCCGAGGCCCGCAGAAAGGCUCGUGCAGAGGAGAAGGUGGCGGCAACCCGCAGGCCUAUCGCAGCGCCUACUGCUGUCCCCGCCGCCCUCCGCAAAGACGAGCCGACGGUGUGGCGAAGGUCUACCCCUGUCAACUCUGUCCCGCCGACGCCAACACGGGCCGCUGGAGGACCGGCCGACGGCCCACCGUCGCGCUCAGAGAGCCCAGCCCCUACCAGGUAUCGUCCCCCUGGCGCCUUGGGAGGUGGGGGGGGAGGGGGGUGGCGUGCACGCGAAGAGGCGAGGCAAGCUGCUGGUGCUACGGGUGCUGCUGCACCAGCACCGCCAAUCGCAUCUCGCGUUGUAGGCACGGCUUCGCCACGACCCAGCUCACCUGCGCCGCUGAAGGAUGAGCCAAAGAAAGACGACGACGGCUUCCAGACGGUCUCGACCCGGGGAAAGAGCGGAGAGGGUGUAUGGCGCGCGCGCAGGGGCCGUGCUUGA